AUGGUGAGCCGGCUUCCUUUGGACGUGCCGCUGCCCCCAGGUCCCCGGCCCCGCUCCUUGUCUCCUUCCCCUCCUGCCUGCUCCCUUCUGCCUUUAGUUCAUUGCUUCAAACUGUCCUCCUUAAUUCGAGACGACACCGCCGUGCUGUCGCCGUCACCGGUUCGACAUCGCAAGGGUAAUGUCACCCCCACAGCGGCCUCGGCGUUGGCGUUAUCAGGAAAUUACUUUCCUGAUCAGCUUAAAACAUCAAAGGCAAGGAGAGAGGCCGGGGACAUCGAGGCUUCGGGGCAGGGGAGUCGCUGCUCGGAGAAGGGGGGGUCUGCGGGCAGCGCCGCGAGGGCCGGGCGCUGGCGUGCGGUGCGCCUCGCGCCGGAGACGACGCAGAACGCCAGGGCUGGACAGAGAGGAGCCGACAUCGGCCACAGAGGGCAGUUUGAAGGAGCCAGCGAUACCAGUUACGAUGAGCACCGAGGCAAACCCCGGCUGGUGGGAAACGAAGAAAGCGCUCCGGAAGCCGUCAUCCUGGUCGGCGUCUCGCUCCUCUUCGCCGCCGUAGUGACUGACCACUGGGCCGUGCUGAGCCCCAAGGUGGAGGAGUACAACGCCACCUGCGAAGCGGCUCAUUUCGGGCUAUGGCGGCUCUGCACAAAGCGGAUUUACGUGCAAGAGCGAGGCGCCGGGGAGAAGGGCUGCGGGCCCAUAAGCCUGCCGGGAGAAAGCAACUGUUCCUACUUUAAGCACUUCACUCCAGGAGAAAGCUCAGAGAUAUUUGAAGUAACCACCCAGAAAGAAUACAGCAUUUCAGCUGCAGCCAUUGCCAUCUUCAGCGUUGGCUUUGCAAUCAUCGGAACAAUCUGCGUCCUCUUAUCCUUCGGGAAAAAGAGGGACUAUCUGCUGAAGCCAGCUUCCAUGUUCUACACCUUUGCAGGUCUCUGCAUCAUCAUCUCUGUCGAAGUCAUGAGACAAUCUGUGAAAAGGAUGAUUGACAGUGAGGAUACAGUCUGGAUUGAGUACAGUUACUCCUGGUCUUUUGCCUGUGCCUGUGCCUCCUUCGUCCUGCUCUUCAGCUGUGGAAUCAUCCUUCUUCUGAUCGCCUUGCCUCGCUUCCCCCAGAACCCCUGGGAGACCUGUAUGGAUGCAGAACCAGAGCACUAAUGUUCCCAUCGCCCACACUCGCUUAAAAAGCCAGAAAGUGUUUGGAAAAAGUAUAUAUUUUUUAAAAUGUCUGGAUACCACUAUACCUUGUGCACUGCCACUCCAUUGACUAAGUCAUUACUGAGCCAAGGGAUGUUCAAUUACAAUUAUUGUUUUCUUUCAGUUUUCUAAGAAAGGAGAAAAAGCAUUAGGAACCAGAAGGCAGGUCAGCGGUAGACGUCAUCCUGCUCUACUGCACCUUGUACUUCCCCCCGCUCCAAGCUGAGGGACGUGAUCUGCAGUUUGGGGCUGCACUGUGCCGAUGCAGUCAAGGGCGAAACCCUUGUGUGAGCGAGCACAUGCUGCAGAGAGGACAGCGUUUUCAGGGAGAAGAUAUACAGCGUAGUUAGGCUUGAGAGCAGAUGGGUGAGGGAUAUUGAGCUUUAUUCUGGGCUUGGUCAGAGAGACUCAGUGAGAAACUCUAGCUCCUUGGUGAGUCCAUUUCCCCCUUUGUACCGUACUCCCGGACCUCUUAGAGAAGUUCUGCUUCACCAGUCUGGAAUAAGUUGGAGAUCCUUGCGCUGUUCUAUUGUUCAGUGUUAAAAUAAAAGCAGACUUUGCCUAGCCUUGGGAAAAAAAUUUUACCUACAAAUUUACACCUUGCAGUUCUAUUCUUUUGAAUUAAGCACACAAAAAAAAAAAAAAAAUCCUGUUCUGCUUAAACUUUGAUAGCAAAGCCAAG